GUUUUGGAGUGAGACUCAGGAGGUCAAAACCCGAAAGGAAAGCUUGGCGCCUAAAUAAGGAUCAAGACCGAGGGAAGGGGAUUGUGAAAAAUGGAGGAGAGUAUCACAGACACAGAAAAAGAAGAAGAGGGGAAAGAUAAAAAGGAUCAGGAAGACCCCAUUUACGCCAUACUGCCUACAACCAACAUUCAAGACGAGCGGCUUGUUGACUUGGCAGAAACUCCCGCUUUCAUCUUCCUGCAUGAGUUACAUGCUACGGGAAAGCUACAUGGGACCAGAAUGGCGGAGUUAAAGGCCAAGUACACCUUCCUGCACGACACGGUGAUGAGCUCGCAGGAGUCCGAGGUCCGGCUGCUGCAGAACGCCAAGCGGUUCACCGAACAAAUCCAGCAGCAGCAGUUCCACCUGCAGCAGGCGGACAACUUUCCGGAAGCCUUCUCCACGGAGGUGUCCAAAAUGAGAGAACAGCUGCUCAAGUAUCAGAAUGAGUUCAACGCUGUGAAGGAAAGAGAGUUCCACAAUCAGUACAGGUUGAAAAGUUUACAGGAAGAAAAAAUGAUGUUACAACAGGAGUUUGAGAAGAUACCGAAGCCAGGAGAAAUGGAGAAGAAGAUGAGAAUAUUGAAAGAGAGCACUGAGGAAUUACGUAAGGAAAUAAUGCAGAAGAAGUUGGAGAUUAAAAAUUUACGGGAAGAUUUGGCAUCUAAGCAAAAGCAGUUACUGAAGGAGCAGAAGGAGCUGGAGGAACUGCUGGAGUAUCAGGUUGUCCUAAAGGAUGAAGUGGCGCACCAUCAAACUAUUCCUGUACAAAUUGUGAAAGAGAUAGAAAAAACGACACGGAAAAAAGUAGAAACAGAAAAGAAGAAACUUGUCUUGGAAUGCGAAGUCAAAGAGCUAAAUGACUCCAUAAAGAAAGUUGAAACCAAAAUUAGCGCCGUAGUGGAAGAGAAGGAGGAUGUAAUGAAGGAAGUGGAAGGCAAACGAGCCUUACUUGAAAUCCGAGAACGAGAAUACAACCAGUUGGCCAAGAUGCUGGAACUGGCCAGAGAGAAUGAAGCCACGUCACUAAGUGAGAGAGGGAUCUUGGAUCUCAAUUUGCGGAAUAGCCUCAUCGACAAGCAUAACUACCAUGACGAACUGUCUCGUAAGCAAAGAGAGAAAGAGCGAGAUUUUCGACAUUUGAAGAAGCUGGAGCUGCAGUUGAAAGUGUCCUGGGAUACCUUCGCUCAGACUCAAGCAACGCACCAAAGGCUACUAUUAGAGCUUGAAACUUUUCCCAAAGAGGCUUCUACAUUGUCUGAGAAAAGGAGAGAGCGCCACAAAGAAGUUGAAUUAAUCAAGAGGAAUUUGGCCCAACAGAAAAUUCUAACAGAUGCUGAAGCCAAGGCAGUAGAACAACAACUUACAGAAGAAAACAAGCUUUUAAAGGAGCAAGAAAAUAUGCGAGACCUGGUCUUCAACCUUGUCCAUAUGACUCAAAUCAAACUCGAUGAAAGGGAGCAAAAGUCCAAGGAUUUCCUGAAAGCUCAGCAAAAAUAUAACAACAUCGUUAAGGAAAUCAGAGCAAAGGAUCUCGAAAUCAGGAUCCACAGGAAGAAAAAACGAGAAAUUCACCGAAGACUCAAAAAUUUUGCUAAACUGUACGACACAGUGCGAAAUGAAAGAAACAAGUUUGUUAACUUACUUCACAAAGCUCACCAGAAAAUAAAUGAAAUAAGACAACGGCACAAGAUGUCAUUAAACGAACUGGAAAUUUUAAGAAAUGGUGCGGUGACUCAAGAGAGAGAGCUCCAAAACUCCAUCCUGAAACACGCCAACAACGUCACCAUCCGAGACAGCAUGCAGAACGACGUGGGCAAGAUCACGGCCAAACUGCAGGAAAUGAAAGAGAAGAAGGAAGCGCAGCUGAGCAACAUCGACAGACUCGCCAACACGAUCACCAUGAUCGAGGACGAGAUGGUGCAGCUACGCAAGAAAUACGAGAAAGCCGUGCAGCUGCGCAACGAGAGCGGUGUCCAGCUGAUAGAGCGGGAAGAAGAAGUGUGCAUUUUCUAUGAGAAAAUAAAUAUCCAAGAGAAGAUGAGGCUCAACGUGGAAAUCGAAAUCCACGUCCUGGAAGAAAAGAUCCGCUUCCUGAAGCUCAAGAUCGCAGAGGAGCAGAGACACAUCCGUGUCACCCGGAAGCUCCUGCCGGUCAAGAGGGCCCUGGACGCCGACCUCACGGUGCUCCAGAUUCAGUUCUCCCAGUGUACAGACAGAAUCCAACACCUGGAGAAACAGUUUCUAAAUCCUGAGGGUCAGAACAGAACCCACUUCCUCUCGGGGAAGGAUCUGACCGAAGAAGAAAUAAUGGAAAAAUUAGACGAGCUGGAAGUACGGCUGGCUAAAAAGGAGGAGCAGUUACUGGAGAAGGACUUCAUCUACGAACAGGUGUCCCGGCUCACGGACAGGCUGUGCAGCAAAACUCAGGCCUGCAAGGAAGACACGCUGCUCUUGGCCAAGAAGAUGAAUGGAUAUCAGAAAAAGAUCAAAGAUACUACUGAGAAAAUGAUGGCUAUUGUGGCCGAGUUGUCCAUGAAACAAGCCAUGACCAUUGAACUCCAGAAGGAAGUCCGAGAGAAGCAGGAAUUCAUCUUCACUUGCAGUUCCAGGAUGGAAAAGGGCCUGCCCCUCAAUAAAGACAUCGAGAGAGAAUGGCUGAAAGUGCUUCGAGAUGAAGAAAUGUAUUCCCUGGCGAUGGCUGAGAAGUCUCGGGAGUUCAUGGAAGCAGAUACCCACCAGCUGCCCAAUGGUGUGUACACGACGGCAGAGCAGCGUCCAACCGCCUACAUCCCAGAAGCAGAUGCCACCCUGCCUCUGCCAAAACCGUACGGUGCUUUGGCUCCUUUUAAGCCCAGUGAACCUGGAGCCAACAUGAGGCACAUAAGGAAACCUGUUAUAAAGCCAAUUGAAAUCUGAGGACAUGCGCCAACCCAGGCUUCGCCCA